AUGACAUUUUUCAUCGAAGACACUAGUCUCAUCAUCAGCCACCUUCUCUACAAGACCGCCGUUAUCAUCGCCGUCCUACGUUGGAUCUUUGCAUGUAUCAUCCGUUACCGCUCUCGAUCAUCACCAUCACCAAGAUCUUCUUCUCCUUCCGUUUCAUCGCAAACCAUCAAAGAAAGCCUCGCCGUUACAGCUUUCCGCGACACGGUUGAGAGAUCACCCUCAGCGUCGAUCAGCGACACAUGCGCCGUGUGUCUAGGAGAUCUUGAAGACGACGACGAGAUCAGAGAGCUUAGGAACUUCGCAAAAUACAGCAAUGCUUUUGAGACUAAUUUGCGACGAAUCAACAACUACAAAAAAAUUGGAGAGAAAAACGUCGCUUAUUAA